AUGUCUCGCAAGGCCGACCCCGAUUCGUUGGCUACGGUUGCCACGCUUUUUGCGGGCCCGGGAAGCGCGUCCAAUUCCACGCCAUCAGUCAGUCUCACAUGGGAUGGGAUUUAUCAGGAAAAUGUGGGAUUUCGCUUCGUUCUUGAUCGCACGGUCCAAACUCUCUCCAGCACCGGAAUCCCCGAAUCUGGCUCUCUGUCGGGCCUUCUAUUCGUCCCCGAUCUGGCACCCCAAGAUUCAUGCAAUAAUCUCACCGAGCCUUUCAUACCGAGCAAUGUGACUCGCCACAAAGAUGUGUCAAACUUCGGAUACCCCGUCAUUGGGCUCGCUCCGUGGGUGUCCCCGGAUUGCACCCAAUCCUUCCUGGCUGCCUCCCGCGAGAUUGGUAUAAAAGCACUCGUUUUCUUCCAGCCGUCCAACAAUGAGUCUGGAAUACCUCCUCCACCAACUGAUGCACGUUGGAAACUCGACGACGGAGACCACUGGAGAUCCGACAAUACCUAUCCCAUCUACGCGAUUCCUGGCCCGGCAGGCACAACAUUGAUGCACGAACUUGCCUGGUUUUCCGAUGGAACAAAAGGCCGGGGCCGCAAUGAGGGCAGCCACUCCGUGGAAAAGCGAGAUAAUACCGACCGGCUAUUUACUAUGAUUGACAAUGAUACCCAAACAUCUUCGAACCCAAGCCUGUGGAGCUUCGUGCUUGCAAUCCUUGGGACAAUUGUCGGAUUGAGUUUAAUCAUGUUCGUCAUCUACAAAGUUGUCAACCACCGGCGGCGAGAGGCUCUACGUCAGAGAAUCAACGCAGGAGAAGUCGAUAUCGAACAACUAGCUUUAAAUCAAAUCAAGGUGCCUCGUGAAGUUGUCGAUGAGAUGCCAACAUACACAUAUCCAGGUCCAAGACCAUCAUCCAGCAUUUCGGUCGACAAGGAACAGGCCGUACCAACAGUGGAGGAGCUCGGUUCUAGUAACACAAGUCCAUCCUUGAGGGGCCAGGAGACACCCGAGAAGACCACGGACACAACUGGGAUCAGAAUGCCCAAGCCGGCGGUGAUCAACCUUGGAAACAACGAGACGGCAGUCUGCACCAAUCCCUAUAGACUAAGCCAUACUCAGACCACAUGUGCUAUCUGUAUCGAUGAUUUCGUUGUCGGCUCAUCGAUCGUCCGUGAAUUACCCUGUGGGCAUAUCUUUGACCCGGGCUGCAUCGAUCCUUAUCUCAUGGAAACGAGCAGCCUGUGUCCACUCUGCAAAAAGAGUGUCAUGCCACCGGGCUCCUUGCAGAUCCCGGUAACUAAUGCAAUGGUUCGCCAGGAGCAAAUGCAACGACAAUCUCGUUAG